AUGCGCAUGGCUCUGCUUUCAAAGAACAAGAUGAAAUUUGUUGAUGGUUCUAUAGUCACUCCAACUACUGAUGAUCGGUUGUAUCCAAUAUGGAAAAGAUGCAAUACAAGGGUGCUUUCAUGGCUGGUAAACUCUUUAACUCCUACAAUUUCUCAAAGUGUCAUAUCUUUUGAUUCUGCCUUGGAGAUAUGGAAUGAUCUCAAGGACAUGUUUUCUCAAGGAGAUUAUGUGAGGAUUUCUGAUCUUCAGCAAGAAAUAUACUCACUUAAACAAGGUUCUCUCUCAGUUACAGAAUUUUAUACUAAACUGAAGGUUGUAUGGGAUGAGUUUGUUCAUUUAAGGCCCUUGCCUACUUGUUCAUGCAAUGAUAAAUGCAACUGUGGAGGUUAUAUGAGGAUGAAAACAUAUUAUGAAAAUGAUUAUACACUUUGUUUUGUUAGAGGUCUAAAUGAGAACUUUGCAAGUUUAAAGUCUCAAAUGCUUAAGAAGGAUCCCUUGCCCAAGAUCAAUAAAGUGUUUGGACUAGCUAUUCAACAGGAGAGACAAGCUGAUGUUUCUGACAUAGCUAAUCCAAUUGAUUCAGCUGUUUUUUUUAUAGCAAUGCAAGACCAAAUCAUUUCAAUCAAAAUUUUAAUGCUAGAGGACCAGGUACUUUUAACAGUCAAAGGAGGUUUUGGUCAUACCAUUGAGAAGUGUUUCAAGAAACAUGGAUACCCUCCAGGACAUCCAGCUCUAAAACCUCCAGGAAAGCAGAUUACUGGAUCUGCAAAUAUGGCAGAAGGUCAAUUAUAUGCUGAUUCAUUUGAACAACAACAUCAGCAAGAUUAUCAGACUUAUGACCAGGCUUAUGAUCAAAAUGAUAACAUGAUGAACAUGAUGAACAUGCAGAAUGAUGAAAGCAUGAUGCAAACUCAAAUGCAGAAUCAAAAUCAGAUGAUGAAUAUGUCCUUCACACAGGAUCAGUAUAUGAAAAUCAUGGCUAUGAUUCAACCUGAAGCUUCUAGCUCUCAAGCUUCUAAUCAUGUCUCCAAAGUCAAUGCAUUGACAUCUCAUUUUGACACUGCCAUGAAACCAGGUAUUAUAGCUUGCACCUCAUUUGUCUCUAAUGUGAUAAAAGAUAAGUCUAUAUGGAUUCUAGACUCUGGUGCAACUGACCAUAUCAUUGUAAUACCCCACAUUUUUAAAAGUACCAAUUAUAGGUGCCACGAGGCGUGA